UUGGCGCAAAAAUAAAAAUCCGGUUGCGUUUUGGCGGAACCAAAGAAACACGAUCUCUCUUGACUCCUGCUCGAGUCUCCGAAAUCAGCAGAGUCGGAGCAGAUGACGGCGACUCCACUGUGAAAGUCGAACAACUUUCGGUUCCCGUUCGCGAAAUCAUCGUAUCCGAGACCUUGAACGAAGGUGUUGGUCGUUGAUUAUGAAGAGCGACAGCAAGAGCACCGUCUCAUGGAAACGAAGGGAGCUCCCACUUUUGGUACUGUACGCGCUCGUGUUCUAUGCCGUCAUCAUACGGCGCUCUCUUCAGCUCUCUCAUGAUUACUCGUUGAAUCUCUAUGGUCUCCGACCUGGCUGGAUUGCCCACAGACUCAAUGACGUAUCAGAUGCCCAGUGGAGAAACUUUCGUGGAAAUUUGCCUGUUCUGACUGUCGUUUUUGGAAUUUUUGCAUUUGUUGCCAAUAGCUCAAGAGCACUUUUUCAUUUGAAAGCACGGGGCAUGUCCAAUGUGUGGCUUCUGAUUUCUUUAGCUUACCUGCUUUACCUACAUGGAGCAUGCACUGUUUUUGUCCUGUCAAUUGCUUCACCGUACUUUCUUCUUGUGAAGAUUUUUGCGAAGACAAAGUACUUCUCACUUAUGCUAUGGACUUUUUCCGUAUUCUUUCUUAUAUGUAACCGUGUUUAUGAGGGUUACUCUUUUUCUAUGUUCGGGCAACAUUGGAUGUUCUUGGACAACUUUCGGGGAGUUUUUCGCUGGCAAAUUUGCUUUAACUUUGUAAUUUUGCGUAUGGUCAGUUUUGGGUAUGAUUACUGCUGGGCCUGUCAAGGUUCUGGAUUUGAUCAGAAGAGGCAUGCUGAGUAUUGCCGCAUUUGUAAAUCGGGAAAGACAUGCUACCAAACAUUACAGGAAAGAAGUGUUCCGAGUAAUAAGUAUUCCUUUGGCAUAUACCUGUCUUAUUUGAUAUAUGCCCCACUCUACAUCUCGGGGCCAAUUACGAGCUUCAAUGCGUUUGCUUCGCAGCUGGAGACGCCACAGAAAAAUUAUGUACUUAAAGACGUGGUUCUCUAUGGACUCCGAUGGAUAUUCAGUCUUCUCCUAAUGGAACUUAUGAUUCAUUUCUUCUAUUACAAUGCCUUUGCAAACAGUGGCUUGUGGAAGCAGUUAUCAGCCAUGGAUGUUUUUAUCAUUGGCUACGGAGUUUUAAACUUUAUGUGGCUCAAGUUUUUUCUGAUCUGGCGCUAUUUCCGACUUUGGUCAUUGAUAUGUGGGGUUGAGGCUCCUGAGAAUAUGCCAAAGUGCGUAAACAAUUGUUAUAAUCUGGAAAGUUUUUGGAAAAGCUGGCAUGCAUCCUUUAAUAAAUGGCUUGUAAGGUAUAUGUACAUUCCUCUAGGAGGUUCUCAGAGGAAAAUACUCAACAUAUGGGUUGUAUUCACAUUUGUGGCAUUGUGGCAUGACCUCGAGUGGAAACUUCUAUCGUGGGCGUGGUUGACUUGUUUGUUCUAUGUUCCAGAACUGGUACUUAAGUCAGUGGCGAAUGCAUUUCAGGUUGAAAACACUCUUGGAGAGUUAUUCUUUCGAGAAGUCAGUGCAACCGCUGGUGCUGUCACAAUCACUUGCCUGAUGGUUGCAAAUCUUGUCGGCUUUGUGAUUGGACCAUCUGGUAUCAAUUGGUUAAUUGCGCGAUUCCUUCAGAAAGAAGGAUGGCCUAUCCUUGUUGGCAUGUUCUUGACGUUCUAUGUGGGGACCAAGCUCAUGUUUCACAUCCAGGAUGCCAAACGGAAAGGACGGUGAAUCAGACACUGUGAUGUGAAGGAGUUGUAUUCUGAGGCGCUGCUGCACAGUAGAUUGUUUAGCAAUGGACCACAGAGAAGUGCAUUGAUGAAGUUUCUCAACAUACGGCAACAGAGGUAUCUUGGAAAGGCAUUCCACAGCUACGCACGGCACUCAAUGGGAGAGCCGGUUUGUUAGCCUCGUAUUUGGAAUCAUUACCCUCCAGUGCUCGUGAAUGGUGGUGGUGUUGCUGCUGAGAACUAUUCUUGUACGACUUUGUUUUGUCCGAGUCGUUCAAUUGCGUUGUAGGAUAUAGUCAAUCUAUGCAGUAUGAAUGAAUCAGAAACGGAUGCACGUGAAAAUGAGAUUUUUCAGGUCUCUUUUUC